CUUACAAGCGUGAAAAAGGUAUAAAGAAAAUUAAUUUUCUCUUAUCUCAAACUUGCGGAUAAGAGGCAAAACCUUUCGUCUCUAAGUAUUAGUACUGGCCCCGACAUGGCGGGCCGUGUGCCGCUUGAAUCGCGCGCAGGUGACAUAGGCGGAGUGAGAAAUAUAGACAGUGUUAUAGACGGAGAUAUAUCUAGAGUAGAAACAGGCAGAGUAGACUCAGGCGGAGUAAACACAGGCAGAGUAGACACUGGCGGUGGGAAUUCAAGCGGCGUGAACCAACCGAAGAAUGGCGGAGAAGCAUUGGAGAGUGCGUUACUGCAAUUGGGUCCUUUCGGCCCGUACCAGCGAUAUGUCCUAACCCUUCUCUGCCUACCGAACCUUUUCGCUGCUAUGUAUUCGUUGAAUUACGUGUUUGUCGCAGACUCGGUGCCUUUUCGAUGUUUGGUGCCAGAGUGCGAGGGCGCUGGUGUUUCGUUUGCCAACACAUCAGUGGCAGCACUGCAGUCGCCUGACCACUGCCGCCGCUACCGGCCGCUGGGCGAGGGCCUCUCCUGUGCCCGAGAGGACUACCACCACAGGGACACGCUAGAGUGUGACGUCUUCGUCUAUGAGAACUAUGACACUAUUUAUGCAGAGUUCGGUCUGGCGUGCAGCGAGUGGCGGCGCACCCUGGUUGGCUCGGUGCGGAACGCUGCGCUACCGCUGGCCCUGCUGCUCACCGGACACGUCUCCGAUCGCUGGGGUCGUCGCACGGCGUUCUGCGUGUUCUCGGGAUGCGCGGGCACGCUAGGGCUGCUCAAGUCUUUCUCCCUCAAUUACUACAUGUACGUGGCGCUGGAGUUCCUAGAGGCGGCACUCGGCUACGGCUUCGGCAGCGCCGCUUAUGUUAUGGUGGUAGAGCUAGCGCGGCCGUCGCUACGAGCACCAUUCGCGUGCGCGACGGGCGUGGCUUACGGUUUGGGGGGCGUGGUGUUCGCGUUGCUGGCGUGGCGUGUGCCGCGCUGGCGGUGGUUGGUGCGCGCGGCGUACGCUCCCGCACUGCUGCUGCCGCUCUACCGGCGCCUGCUCGACGAGAGCCCGCGCUGGCUGCACGCCACCGGCGACACGCAGGGAGCGGCCAAUGUGCUCAGGAAAGCCGCUCGGUGGAAUAAGGUCACAAUAAACGAAGACAUAUUAAAAUCAAUAAUUGCAAACGAGAAGAAAGAUACGGAGGAUGUGGAUGUUAAAAAAAGUGCAGUGUUGCCGUGGUCUGCGCUGGUGACAUCCCGGACGCUGCUCUUGCGGCUGGUGGCGUGCGGCUGGUGCUGGGCGGCCGCAGCCUUUGUCUACUACGGUCUUACCAUCAAUUCGGUCGCGCUCUCCGGAGACAAGUACGUGAACUUCGCGCUGAACAUGACAAUGGAGAUGGUGGCCUCGUUCCUGAUCAUGAUGUCGCUGGAGCGCGUGGGCCGCAAGCGCACAGUGCUCGUCGCAUUCCUGCUCUGCGGAGGCGCCUGCAUCGCGCCGUUCUUUGUAUCGCACGGGGGCGCGGGCCUGGGGCUGUACUUCGCGGGCAAGCUGGCGGCGACUGCUGCGUUCAACUCGCUCUAUGUGUUCACUACGGAGCUGUUCCCGACUGGUGUGCGGGCGCGCGCGCUCACCGCCGCCUCACUACUCGGCAGAGUCGGCUCUGUGCUCGCGCCACAGACACCACUACUGAGCAAGCCGGUGCAGGCUCUACUGUACGCGGUGUGCGCGUUGUCUGCGGCGCUCGCGCUGCUGGCGGUGCCGGAGACACGCCGCGAGCCUCUGCCGCACUGACACAAUGCCAGCACAACUUGCUGACUGACUGUUUAAGAUUCUUGU